CUGGGCAAUAAUCGCAUCAUGGAUCAAACCCUCACACCAGAGUUCAUUACUGCAAAGGAGGAUGUCUUUUCAGGAGAGGCACGUUUAGCGCGAAGAAUCGGUGCGAAUUUUUCCAUUGCUCGUCCUUCGUUCCAAUCAUUUCCAAUGCCAGAUUUGAAAACGGUGACGUCACACGUGUGGUAUAAAUAAAGGGAAUAAGUCACGGCAUGUCAGCAAUGUGAUUACCUGCGAAUUGCGAAUCCGAGAGAACUUUGUCAUUUUGCUUUGUUGACGAUAGUCGCAUCUGCCGCGGUAGUUGGAUGGCUUUCCUCUGUCAACACAAAAGAAGUAGAUCGUAUUUCUACCAUUAUGUACUGGAAGGCAGAAACAGAAAGCAAUUUGACGCUUGUUUGUUUACCCAGUGUUGGAAGCGAUUUUAUCAAACGUAACAGUCCGAAAUCAGAUUUAGGUACGUAAGCAUUCUGUAGUAAAAUUGUCUGAAAGUGUCCUGUUCCUCGAAACGUACAUAGAAGUGAACUUUUUCUUAGAAAUAAAAACUAACUUAACGCGUUGUUUUUAUAUAUUUUUUAAACCGAGAGCAUUUUGUAGUAAAAGUUACAGAAAAUACUAAAUCUGCAUCGAUAUGAACUGUUUUUGUAAACCAAGAAGUCCAUUCUACAAGUCUUUAUUGCCAUAAAACUAUGCACAUAAUUAAACAUCAUAACAGAUAUCAUCAAAUUUUUUAAAUGUUCAACGUCUUGACAAUUUUUCCAGAGAAAUUAUAUGAGAUCAUCUUGGUUUUCUUUUACAAAUGCUACUUUACACAUUACAAUCACCAAAAAUGAUACAAAUAAAAAGACUAGAUGUUUGUUCAAAUAGUACCCUGCAUCAGGGGUUAUCAAACUUCCCGUGAUCUCACUGCAUUUUGAACACUUAUUGUUAGGCAAGUAAUGAAAUUUAUCAAGAUAUAAGCAAAACUACAUUUUGAAAUAAGUUUCCCUGAACUAACAGAAAAAGGAAAAAUUCUUCUUAUUUUUUAAGACUUCGUCAUUUUUAAAAGCUCCGUCAUUUUCAUGAAAAAAGGGAAGAAAGCUUGUCUUGUUUCUUAAAAACUUAUCUUCUCUGAAAUAUUUACCACUUUGAGAAAAUAUACAUUUUGGUGCUUUUAUUCAACUUCCAUUUAAAUAUCAGCAUUCGAUCGAAUAACUAUGUCAUCUAAAAUGGGUGAAAUUCGUCAAACCUGAAUUAUCGAACUUGUGAGGGAGACCAAUUUCCAAGACAAUAUCUCUGCAAUUGUGGUAUUUGCGUGAGAUCAUGCGUUUAGUUUCUUGUGUGCUUAUUCUGUACAUACUCACAAUCAUCAAUACAUUGUCACUGUGCCAGGAGACAGUAACGGACGCCCCCAUCACCAGAGCAAGAACUUACUAUGAAGAUGGGGUGCCAGACGUGUCAGAUAUUUUGCUUCCAGUGGAAGUGAGUGUAGAAGAGAACUCAUACAACAACCAAGAAGACGACGAGGUGAAUCGUGUUCCUUUAUCAUACGAUCUUCUGACUUUGGAGGAAGAACUGUACGACAAAAAGCAUCAUCCUCCUGAUCAUCGGUUUAAACUUAUUUCGUUAGACAAUCUCGUGCACCUCAACCCUGCUCUGCAAGUGGCGUUGUGGAUAUUUAUCGGAGCCUUGGCUAAAACAGGAUUCCACGUCACACCAAAGAUAUCACUGAUAUGUCCGGAAAGCUGUCUUCUCAUCGUGGUGGGGGUCGUGAUCGGCCUUCUGCUGUUCUAUUGCGGACUGACGAAUGUCGGGCCUCUCACCCCGAACGUCUUCUUCCUCUACAUGUUGCCACCCAUCGUCCUAGACGCAGGUUACUUCAUGCCCAACAGGCCUUUCUUCGACAACUUGGUCACCAUCCUGAUGUUCGCCGUCGUGGGCACAGUCUUCAACGCCAUGUCCGUGGGCGCUUCUCUCUGGGCAGUGGGUCUGACAGGGCUCUAUGGGGUGGAGAUGCCUCUGCUGGACACUUUGCUGUUCAGUUCAAUCGCCUGCGCGGUCGACCCUAUUGCCGUCCUAGCGGUGUUUGAGGAGAUUCAUGUCAAUGAAGUCCUGUACAUUCUGGUGUUCGGGGAGUCGUUGCUCAAUGAUGCUGUCACUGUGGUCCUGUACCACAUGUUCGAGGGCUACGCGGAGAUGGGUCCACAGAACAUCAUCACGGUAGACUACCUGGCCGGUGUGGCUUCCUUCUUCGUGGUGGCUGUGGGAGGCACCCUGGUAGGCAUCAUCUGGGGGCUGCUGGCGGCCUUUGUGUCCAGGUUCACGCACCACGUCCGGGUCAUCGAGCCUCUCUUCGUCUUCGUCAUGUCCUACCUGUCCUACGUCAGCGCAGAGCUCUUCCAUUUCUCCGGCAUCUUGGCGCUCACCUUCUGUGGCAUCACCAUGAAGAACUACGUCGAGGAGAACAUCUCGUACAAGAGUCACGUGACCGUGAAGUACGCCAUGAAGAUGUUGGCCAGUUCCUCGGAGACCAUCAUCUUCCUCUUCCUGGGGGUGUCCACAGUGAACGACAACCACGAGUGGAACACCUGGUUCGUGGUAAUGACUAUCUUCUUCUGCACCGUCUACAGGACUAUUGGUGUCAUAAUUUUGACAGCCAUCGCCAAUCGAUUUCGGCUGCAUAGGAUCGACAGAGUGGAACAGUUCAUCCUCGCCUACGGGGGGCUCAGAGGAGCAGUGGCCUUUGCCCUCGUGCUCAUCGUAUCCGACAGAAUCAUCCCCACCAAAAACAUGAUGGUGACAACGAUCAUCGCGCUGGUUUUCUUUACUGUAUUCAUACAAGGAAUGACCAUCGGUCCUUUGGUGAGAAUUUUAAACGUUCCAACGAAGAAUAAAAUAAAAAUGUCCAUGAACGAAAGAAUUUUAACAAGAUCUAUGGACCACCUUAUGGCUGCUAUUGAGGACAUCGUAGGCCAGACGAUGGGAAAUUAUCAUCUACGAGAUAAAUUCAAGUAUUACAACAACAAGUACCUUCGACCAGUUCUUACCAGAGAACAUGCUAAUGCCGAACCAAAGAUUUUUGAAACGUACUCCAAACUCAACGUUGCCGAUGCCAUGAAUUUGGUGAAGCAGAAUUCGAACCUUCUUCCCGGAGCGACAGGCAACGAUUUAGGAGUUUCCCUAUCCUCCUUAUUCAGGACCUAUACACAAGCAAAUCUGGAAAAAAGUCCUAGCGUCGAGAAAGGUGCCAAAGCCGGUCUGGAUAUACCUCGCAAUAACUCCAGUUUCUUGAAUGUCGACAUUGCCGAAUUGGAAUAUUCACCGAGCAACAAAGAUCUGGCGGACGCUGAGCUUCACCACAUUUUGUCUGAUGCCAUGUUUAAGCCCAUGAAAAAACGUUAUUCGGGACGGAGGAAUUCUGUUUAUGAUCGGGCUUCUAGUCAAACACCAGAUCCUCUGACACAGCACUCCAGACUGCAAUACAGGCACCUGAUGGACGAAAGAAUUCCUCAUCGCAGACUCAGUCACGCCUACAACCACGCCCAAAAAUCAGCUGAACCCGCCCCAAACUACAACACCGCUAGUAAUUCAGAGAGAAGCUUAGGGUCUAAUUCUUCAGACGGGAACAACACUCGAGGACUGAUAACGGGUCGAAGAAAGCACACAAAACCUCCCCCUAAACUACGCUUCAGUGUGGCUGACGACACUUCGUCCGAGUGGACGGAGCAGACAUCUUUGCCCACCCAACCGGCAGAGCCACUAUCCACCUACAGCUCCUUGUUGGACGUGUCCUCGGGACUGGAAGAUGACGGCAUUGUAUUCACUGCUGGAACAGUAUCUCCACAGCAAGAGAAGAACCAGAAAGAUAAUUCUUCUGAAUCUGACAACGAAGAUUCCUCAUUGCCAAAUGUGAUACCGAAGACACUAACAGAACUUACGUUGCCUUGGAAACGAGAUGUCGAAACCAGAGGUUCGCCUGAGAACCUAGAGCCUACGUUUGUCCUCCGACAAGAAGCGUUUCCAUACUGGAUCGAAAACUCGGAGUAUUUGGUCCACGGGUCCCCCACCAACACGUUACUCAGCCGUUUGGGGAACAACUCUAAAAGAAUCAGGGCACCAGCCGUUUUUGAUAUCUUCGACCAAUCAGGAGCAGCUCUGCCCCGCCCGCGUCGAAACAGCGAAGAUUCCAUUUGUACGCUAGAAAAUGGGAAUUCCAAAGCAGUAGACGUAGAUUCCAAAGUAGCUAAUGAUGAUGUAGUCAUUGAAAUUAAAGGAAGUAGUCGGAGUCCUAGUGUUACCAUGCCCGAUGAAGACUAUAGCGACGAUGACUGCUUUGAAAACCAAGGUACGCGCCUAUAGUCUUGAGACUCUGUUGCCAAAUGUUUAUUCGAAUCCAAAGCAUGAGAUUGUCACCUCCUUCUUUUACUUUACUGACUUUUCAAAAAGUAGAAUUUUGUGCUACUGUUCUUUAAAGGAUAAACUCUCACUGAAGAAACUUUAAGUUGAAGUUGUACAGAAACUACAUUCUGACUGUGUUUGGUAAGGCAUCUGAUUACCACGGCAUACUCUAAAAGAAAGUACUUUGAUAGUGAAUGUCAUCCGAAGUCAAAAAAGCCAAAGCUAAUCUGUAAAUUGUACUGGAGGACUUGAUUUCAAUGGCUGUGAGGCUAGAUACGUUACUUACAAGCAACUUUAGAACUUCUUUCUACUUACAACAUGUGAGUAACUGGAACUAAUUUCCGAACUUGCCUUCAUGUUUAUCUUCUUCUAGCGUCUAAUAUUUGGUGACAGAACUGUUUGGUUUCGUUCUUAGAUUUAUUGGGGAAAAUGAAACAAAAUCUACUUGACAAAGUCGACAUAAAAAUGACACUUUUACCAAAGGAGAAGAUUCAGAAAUUCUCGGAAUGCUACCAAUGAUCUCAGAAAUAUGUAUUAAAGAAACUACUAGUAUACAAUUUUAUUGUUCAUUGGUAAAUUCAAAGUUUCGAGAAAUAACAUUAAUUGAAAAAAAAAAAAACUUGAAGCUCAACCAAUGACACAACAACCAAAAAUUUAAAAUGCAUGCUGAUUUAAACUCCAUCAUGCUAAGAUUUGGCAUACUAGUAGAAAAUGAAACUACUACAGAUAGAGAAAAUGUAAGGAUAGACAUUUCAAGCGGUGCCUUCCAUAAGGGCUUUAAACAAAGCUCGGUUGUUCAUUAACAAGUUAUAAUAUUCAAUUAAAUAUUAGUUAAAACCCCGACUCAAAUGAAUCAUAGCUAAGAACACUCUCGAUUUUGUCACACUUCAAACAAAAAACGAGUUAUCGAAAUCAGUUCACCCAUUUGGGAGCUUCAAUGGCACCGAGUAGUCAUUUAUAAGGUAAACACACCAGUAGAAGCUACUUCAAUAUUCAUAUUUGAAAAAGUAGGGUUCCAGGUCACCCAGUGUAUUCAAAAGUGCAUCAAACGUGCAGGGGGGGUAGUAUCUCCUGCACGUCUGAUGCACUUUUGAAUCCAUUGGGAGACCUAGAAUCCUACUUUUUCAAAUGUAAACCUUGAAGUGGCCACUACUGGUGUGUUUACCUUAUAAAUGACUACUCGGUGCUCUCUUCUUUCUUGCGUCGGAGGUUCCAAAUCCAGGUGCUGUUAACAGCUUCUUUUAAAAAGCAAACCUUUAUUUUUUUUUUAACGUCUAAGAAAAAAAAACAUUUAGUUCUCUGCCUUUUUGGCCAAAUCUAAGAAAUUAAAUUACUUUUUUGGGUUUGAUUUUAAAACAUGAUUUUGUAUCUAAAAUUUUAAAGAAACUUCUACUGUUCUUUUUUUCAUCAAUUUCAGUUUUUGAAAAAAUAUUUUCAAUUUUCUUACAAAGUUUUAGGAAAUUUUAAACUGCUAAAAUUUUUAUGCAGCGAGUUUCCUGAAGGACACCAAUCGGAAUAAUUACAACUUGAUCUUUAAGCUUUAACACUUGUUAAACUGACUUUUUAAAACGAUUAAAUUUAAUUCAAAUACCAUUAAUUUUACGGAACACCCGCUGCUUCUCUGUCGCUUCUCAAUGAACGGUUAAAGUUUUAUAAAUCUCCUCACAAAUGGUUCCUUUUUUUUCCUCGAAUAACGACAAGAGUUAAUAAAUUUGUUGAGUGAUUUUUUAAUCGAAAACCAUAUAAUUCAGUUGAUGAAUAUUUGAAAACUUUAAAAACUUUCUGGUUUCUCAGUAAUAAAUAGUUCCGAAUUUUGAAUAAGGUUAAGCCGCAUAUAAUUUGUGCGGUUUUCCUACUUCGAAUAUUUAAAGUCAGAAAAGUUUAAAUAGACUUUGAAAAGUAAAAUGCUUGUCAAACAUAGUUGCUAAAUUAGAGCUUCCUUUAUGGCUUCCUAUUUUGGAAAAGAUAAAACUAAUAGAGUAAAUGUAAUUUCCUGUGUUAGUUGCCCCACCUACUUUUUCAGUAUAAGCUGUACAUAAAAAUAAAUUUUUGUGCUCACGUAUGAGAAAGUUAGGCAGAAAGAACUUUCAGCGAGCAAAGCCAAAUUUUGAUAAAUGUUUUCAUCAGGAGUUUUACUAAACAAAAAAGUUUUCCUAUUUUCAAAACAACUAAAGAUUAUUAUGCUUAUUUAAAAUCAAAUUAAAAUUCUUGAUCGAAAAAAAUUAAAAGAUUGAAUAAGAAUUUAAUACAGGAGCAAACAUAUUCGAAAAAAAUUACGUGAAUAUUAGUAACAGUAAACGUCUUGAGAUGAAAUGUCGUUUUAGCUGCUUUGAGGAAACUAGAAACGAGUGUUUGUUGAUUAUUACUUUUAAUUUGAUAAUUUUCAGUCGACGUAGGAAAAACUGAAAUUGGUGCAACGAAUAGUUUGUUCAAAGCUAAAGUACUGAAUUGACAAUACUUAAUGAUGAAAAACGUAUGAAAAAUUCUGAAGUUUUUUAAAUGUUCCUAAAAUGAAAUGGCGUACGAGACUGACACUUCAUUGUGAUACAAACAUGUGAUGACUUUUGUAUUCUGGAGAGAAAUUCGUAGAAUAUUUAUUGUGCCUAACAUAAAUGCAAGCAAAAUCACUGUGAAAGAAUUUUAAGAGAACUUUCAGAUAUGUUUUCUUUUGGGGGGGGGGAUGCUUAGAGUGUCGCCACAAUUGUGGAGACAUUUAUUUUAAACACAGACAUUCAUCAACCGGUUUCGACCGGACGCCCUUCUUAAGGCAAAAAAUUUAAUUUGACGCAACUUUAGUAAUCACGCAAAAGAAUUUCAUAACUGAGAGUUUCUCGAAUUUUGUUGCAUUUUAUGAGAGAAUGCCAAUGAUGUUGUAGUUUUUUAUUAAUAGGGUUCACCAUGUGUUUAUUUAUUUCAUAAAAUUAUUUUGUUUAUAUAUUUGAAGUAUAUUAAUGUAAGUAUAUUUAAAAUAGAAGCAGCAAUUGUAAAUACUACUUUAUGUUGUAAGUACUUUUGAAAGAUUUGAUGUAUGAUGUAAUGAUGUGAAAAGAUCUAAAAUAUGAAAAGAAGACAAAAACGUAUCAUUGAACUGUUGCCAAAGUUUCAGAACGAGGAAGACACUAAUGUUUUUCUGCAAAAGCAAACGUAAACGCUUCCCAGAUCGCAAACUUCGUUUUACAAACGUUUUGAAAUGGUUGCCAACGUUGUGAUAACCAUUUUGAAACUUUUAGGAAACGUUUUUUAAACUUUAUGUGUGAUAACUGGGUAGUGAAACAGAAAUGAGGAGUGGCGAAAAGUGGCAUUCAUAUGUCACUUAAACAAAUCAGGUCAAAGUAGUGCUAAUAAUAGCUUGAAUGACGUCCAUUCAGUGCGGCAUUAAGAAAAUGAGAUUGAACUAUUGAAGUGAAUAUAGUUACUUGUUCACUCGCUGAGCUGUCACCGAGUUUAGCAGAGAUGUUUUUAUAGUUAGCUAUACGCGCUUUCCAAUAAAAAGGGCAGUUUUUUCUUUUUUUUACCCAGUAUCAUAUAGGAGUUGUUAUGUUUCUAGAAUGCCCAAUAGACAACUUUUAAUUCCUAGACAUUUAUGUUGAUGGAAAUAUAAAAGCCUUUUCACGAGAAGCUACUCAUGGCAGAGGAUUUUUGGUUUAAAUAGAAUUACUCCUUGCUUUUGUAUUACCCCAACACGUUAAAAAAAAAAGAAAAAAAAUCACUGUAAUGAGCUUUUACCGCGCAAAUUAGAUAUGGGAAAUUCUACGGGUAACUGACUAACAUUUUUAAAGUAAAACCACAUGCAUUUUGUCAUGUUCUACACAAAAUAUUCAUUAUUUAAAAAAAAAAAAUAUUUUCCCUCGUUGGUUGUUCUGUUUCAGCUGAAUUUAAAGGUGUUGCUUAAUUCUCAAAAUAACUUUUGAUCUAUUAAAAAAAAUAGUUAAGAAUAUGGUAACUGACGGACAUGCUGGUUGCAUUUCUAUCAGUCAGUUAAUAUGUUUUUAACUAUUUUUUAAAAAUCACCUAAAGAAUAUUUUGGGGAAUUCAAUUACAUCGUUAAAUUCAGCCUUAAGAGAGCAAUAAACCAGGUGAAAAUUUUUGGAAAAUGAUGUGUGUUUUGCUUAGAAUGAGACAAAAUGCAAAUGUUUUAUCCUAACAAGUCGAGAUUUAUAAAAAAAAAAUAAAUAAAUAAAUAAAUGAUAAAUAAAUAAAUAAAAAAACAUUGUAGUAGUCUGCACGAUCAGUCUGAGAUUAACUAAUUAUGAAUACAUAAUGGUGACCCAGGAAAUAUUUAGAGUAAUUUAUCCUGUGACGCUGGAAUCACCCAUUGGUUAAAAUACUAUCAUAGUGUGGUAAUAUGAUUCAAUAUGUGUUGGUAAGCCCCCAGCCACCAUUUUAUUUCCUUGAAAAGUUUUGGUUUACUAUAAAAAUGCUUUAAAAAAUUAAGAAUAAAAUAAAUAGAGAAAGGAAAAAUACCAAAAUUCUUAAUUACCAGUUAUGUAUAUAGGAUUGCACCAGUUUUACUGCAAAAGGAAGCGUGAUGACGUUGUCUCAUUUUCUUACUUUUGCAACGCAAUUGCUGUCAUUACGCAGGAAUUUUACCAAAAAAAAAAAACUUUCCGAUCUCAUCAAAAAUAUUAUUUUUUUAAAAAUGAUUGUCAUGCCUUUUGACUUGUGAGAAAAAUGUGAUUAAAUUUUCUUAUAAAUAUUGUAAAGAAAUAUUUUCAAGAAUGCUUACAUCUGUUAAAAAUGUCAGAAACGUUCAGUGUGAUGCAUAAAGUCCAUGAGUAUUUUAAAUUGAAAUUUUAUUGCAAAGUACGAGCUUGCAUGAUAGCAAAUAAUGAACAAUAAUAUAUUAUUGCUUAAAAGAGAUGAAAAUAAUUUCUACUGAUAGAAAACAGGAAUCCUAGUAAUUCAGGUCGAGGCAAAUUAUUGUUCCUAGCUGCAUUUUGGACGAGAUUUGAGUGCUUAUUAUUUUGGAGCCAACCGUCCUUGCAUUGUCUUUAGGAUGUUAUUUUCCUACAUAGUGUAAAUAGUUUAUCGUAUCUCUGUUUUCCCUUGUAUAUAUUUUGCUUGUGCCUUUAACUCUACUUUUUAAUAUGUAUGAUGUAAAAAACUAUGCCAUUUUGCAUUAGUGAAAUGAGCUAUUUCAGCAUCAAUAAAAAAUUG